AUGGACUCUGAAAACAUGCGGAUACUGCUGUUUCGUCUGCUCCCAUUCCAACUUGACGUUCUUGUUGUCUUUCAGAUCGAGUCCUUGUUUAAAACCAGCUUGGAUAUCAGAUCAAACUCCUCAAACCCCAGAAGAUCAAACAAAGCCGACUCGAUUUGCGUGGGAGUCUCGGACUCCAAUAUAGAUCUCACAUUUUCCAUCAAGUGGUCGCUGUUAUCUGGGUUGAUCCUCUGGCAUUCGGUCCGUAUCUCGUCUAACAGAUUAUUAUGGUCAGAUUCAGCCGAAUCGUCGCUUGAUUCAUCCUCAAGUUCGAUCUCAACCGUAUUUUCAAACUGCUUAAGUAAAUCAGUCACUUGUUUAGAGACGUCCAACUUGGCAUCCCCAUCGCCUAAAUUCGGCAAAGAAAUCGCAGAUUCGUCACCUUCCAGCUCCAAUCGACUCAGAGCGUCGAUCAUUGGCUGCAUCGCCUGCAUAUAUGACGAUGUAGACGAAACAUUGUAA